AUGUAUUCAAUUAAGCUGUGCUUUUUCUUCCUUUCAACCACAUUCAUUACAGGAUCUUUGGCUACACCGUUGCAUAAGCACUUCCACCAUCAUCAUGGUACCGGCUUCCACCAUUUCUGCACUACAGACGGCUCCGGAGAUGUUGCAUGCUCGUUCCCCAACGGUGUUGAGACCACAUUCGCCGCUGAGAGCGCCACUAGCAUAGCGACAGAUGCUUCGGCAUCGAGCCUAGCAUCUGUCGAUGCUAUUGACUCAACACUCUCGCUCACGGUUGUCGCGACAGUGACCACUGAUGGGCUAUCUGCAUCUUCCGAUUCUUCGCAGUCUACUCCUACAGUGACCUUGGCAUCUACCUCUGAUGUGACCUCGACAGCAUCCCCCGCGGACGUCUCGUCAGCAAGUUCUGCUGCAACAUCUACCUCUACCAGUACGCAAUCUACUUCCACGGAGACCACGACCUCGACCUCGACAUCCGUUUCCGAAGUUACCUCGACAGUUGCCCUCGAGGAAGUCUCGACAUCAAGUUCCACUUUGUCAUCUUCCUUCCCCGAGGCUUCAACAUCUACUUCUACAACGACCACGACAUCUGCGUCUGUCAUUGAGUCCACAGUUGCUGCCGCAGUGGUCUCGUCAUCAAGCUCUACGUCGACAACUACCCCUCCCGAGGGUUCAACAUCGACUUUCACGACGACUCUCACAACGCUUUCCACCACUACUUCGACUUCGACCACGACAUCAGCCUCUGCUACUACUUCAGCAGAGGUCGCCGCAGUCUCCGUAUCUCGUUCUGCAUGGUCAUCCACCUCAACCACGUCUUCGCAAUCUACCUCUACUACCAGCACUACCACCGCAGCAUCGACCUCGACCUCAACCUCGACAUCUGCCUCUACUGUUUCCGAGUCCACCAGCACAACGACCGCCUCGUCCUCAUCCUCGUCCUCCUCCACGAACACCGCUAGCGGCACUCUCCCAGCACCGUCCCAAUUCAAGACCGACAACGGCACCAAAUGGACAGUCGAAUACGUCGGCGAAAUAGGCUACACAGGCCCGCUCGCAAGUCAGGGCAUCAUCGGCGACAAAUGCCGCACCUCCAAGAUCGGCGACCAAAUCAUGUGGAACUGUGGCGACAUGGAAUGCGGAACCAGCUACACAAACUGCGGUUUCUCCAUGGGCGCGGGCUUCUUGGGCACAGACGAUGUCAUGACCAUCAACGCGACGUCCACAUCAUCGCUGAACGCCAACACCUUCGUCGCUCCCUGGUCCAAUGACCCAUCCCCAGAAUCUCCCUGGAGUAUCUGGGGCAUGGACACAUCGAACGUGGCCGCCAUCAACGACACCCAUGGCGUAGCCUACGCAUGGGAGAUCUGGCGCGGCGCCUCCGACGGGAGUAUCAGCAACAGAGGCAACGCUGUUGCGAGCAUCACUAUAGGCGACGACGGACCUGUCGCCACUCGCGUUGGCCCCCUAUUGACCGGCUCCGACUCUAUCGCUCUAGGUCUUCUCGCGAUUCUUGCCGAUGGAGGCUAUAUAUACACGUACUCCGUCACCGGACCUACAAACCUCCAGAUAGGCCGUGUCGCCGCGUCCGACGACGUCUUCGACGCAUCCAAGUACGAGUUUCUGGCCGCAGGCAGCAAUGAUACUUGGAUCGCAGGUAUUCCUUCGCCCACGGACACCAGCGUCGCUGCCACCACGGCAAACACCAGCGGCAGUUUCGGUUGCGGGAAUUACGGGUCGGUCUUCUUCAACAGCUAUCUGAACAAAUAUGUCAUCUUGUGCGAUAUCUUUGAAAGUUUCGUCAACAUGUACGUCGCUGACAACCCGUGGGGACCCUGGAGCGCCGAGUACGGAAUUCAAGGCGGCGGUAUGAUUGAGGGAGGUUAUGGAUCGAUGGCCCAUCCUGAGUAUGCUGUCGAUGGGGACACUAGCGGGAAGUCGUUCUACUACUCGCUUGGACCGAAUGGAUUGUUUUAUAUGUUCAAACUUACUUUCGAUUACUGA